AAAGAAAUUGAUUAGGCACAGAGUUUCUUAUUCUUGAGCUUAGCUUUUAAGUGCAUCUCUUUUGUUUUUGCGAGCCAAAAUGGUUAAGUUAGCUUUUGGUAGCUUUGGUGAUUCUUUCAGUGUCGGGUCCCUCAAGGCUUAUUUGGCUGAAUUCAUUGCCACCUUGCUUUUUGUCUUUGCUGGUGUUGGAUCGGCUAUUGCUUAUGGUAAGCUCACUGCCGAUGCAGCUCUAGACCCAGCGGGUUUAGUGGCUGUAGCAGUGGCUCAUGCAUUUGCCCUCUUCGUUGGGGUGUCCAUUGCAGCCAACAUCUCAGGUGGUCAUUUGAAUCCCGCCGUCACCUUUGGGUUAGCUGUUGGAGGCAACAUCACCAUCUUAACUGCUAUUUUCUACUGGAUUGCUCAAUGCUUUGGCUCCAUUGUUGCUUGCCUUCUUCUCCAGUUUGUCACCAAUGGCUUGAGCGUCCCAGCCCACGGCGUUGCUUCAGGAAUGACGGCUGUGGAAGGCAUGGUGAUGGAGAUUGUGAUUACAUUUGCACUCGUCUACACCGUUUAUGCCACGGCAGCUGACCCAAAGAAGGGUUCUCUAGGAACAAUUGCACCUAUUGCAAUUGGUUUCAUUGUGGGUGCUAACAUUUUAGCCGCUGGUCCAUUUAGUGGUGGUUCAAUGAACCCAGCCCGUUCUUUUGGACCAGCUGUGGUUAGUGGGAACUUGUCUGGUAACUGGAUCUAUUGGGUUGGCCCAUUGAUUGGAGGAGGGUUAGCUGGGCUGAUUUAUGGUGACAUUUUCAUUGGGUCAUACUCCUCAGUACCAGUUUCCGGAGAUUAUGCUUAAAAAGUGUUUUGCUGUUCAGGGUUUCUGUUUUAUCGAAAUGUUUCCAUUUCUUGCAUAAUGGGAUUUGGCAUUUGAGUGUGUUAUGAUUGGAGAAAAAAAGCUUGUACUUGUUAAUAAGGAAAUGUAAUUAAAUAUGUUUUGAGUUUAAAA